UUAGCGACAAGACACGGCUACGUUCCCCCCCCCCGGUGGAAAAGAAACGAGACCGUAGGCGAAAAUGAGCACGAAAGAGUGGGUUUGACAUAAAGGGGGCGUGGGUAUAUGUAUGAAACGACAAGGGCGCACGGCUGCAAAUACAAAGAGCAAGGAAUCGUUUUAAUAAGUGUUGCUGGAUAAGCGCAGUUCGCUGCUUAACACGGGCGGAUCCGGGAGGCACAACAGGACCCCUUGACAGCUUCUGUCCCCAGCUGCAGUCAGGAUGUCAAUCUAGCAGCGUGGUGGGGGGUGCAGUUUGCUGAAGGACAGCCUCAGUAAUGGCAGGGGAGUUCCUGAGCAGCACCUUGCCCCCGUCGGGGGCAGCCUUGCCGGUGUCCUCCUCUCUGACACUGGAGCAGAAGGCGGCCUUCGUCUUCGUCUUCCUGCUCUUCAUCUUCCUCGGCUUGCUGAUCGUCCGCUGCUUCCGCAUCUUGCUGGACCCCUACCGCAGCAUGCCCUCUUCCACCUGGACCGACUACAUGGAGAAGGACACUUUCGAUUACCGCAUCGCCUGAGCGGACCUUCGCCUUGUACGAGAUCAUCCAGAAGACGGCUGAAGCUGAUAAAUGGGUCCCUACUGGGAAGGCAAAACCCCAGCUAACUGUGACAAGCAUUUGCAAGGAUUCUAUGUACGGAAUGUAACCUUGUGUGUCAGCUGACUAAGAGUAAAACACCUCAGGUGUCCAUGGGAGAAGCUCCAUUCAGUCCGUCUCUGUUUCCAAACCCACAUACAUAGACCUGUCAUCUUCUUCCACUAAGCUAAAUUUCAAUUCAAUUAUAUCCUCAAUUACACCCCUCUGCUUCUGAUAAGAACUCGGAGAGGUGAACCUCUUCCCUUUUUCUGAAGGCAGGAUUCAUCUCUCAAAUGAGUAAAUUAGCUUUUUUUUAUUUUUUUUUUAGGGCGUUAAAGUAACCGAUAUGCAAAGUCCUAUUACUUUUCAUUGUCCCCAACAUCAAGCAAAAAAAUCAUUUUUAAAAGCAGAAAAAUGGAAGUUUUGUAAUACCGUGGAGAUCUGAAAUCUCCACUCCAUGCUUCUGUGGCGUAGGAUCACGUGACGCAUGACAUUACGUGGGGCGACGACGUCCACGUGUGCGUCUGAUAUCGCCUAUUUUAUCUAGGUUGACCUGAUAUAAUCUUUUUGAAUAUGUAUAUACCCAUGUAUAAGUCAAUCCACGAUAUGACCUUUUCUGUGCUGAAUGUUUUCUAGCUAAAGUUCAAGGAGACAGCAAUGGACAGAAGCUCUGAUCCCCUUGAGAAGCAGCAUAGCACAGGAAGCGUAAACAGGCGAAAGAGCAGAAUAUCGAGCGGCCUUAACCCUAUAACAAACAUGACCAAGGUAAAUGUCUGGGAACUAUUUGCAAGUCUAAAUGUUUACAUGUUUAUAUAUAACUCUGCUUUAUGCAGGAUUCUUGUCUGUUAUUGAAAGCACCUUUAUAUGUCUGACACUUUCAGUGUUUUGCUUCAAACUGGAAUCACAACAACAGGAAUCGAUAGUCAAAGCAAGACCUCUGGCAUUGUUUUGGUAAUGCAGGUAUGAUUAUUGUCUGGAUGAUAUCGAUGACCAUUGUUAGGGAUGGCAGACAUUUUUUGAAUGCAAUGUAAAGAAUGUAUUUUGUCCAGUCAACGUUUUGUUGAAAUUAAUCUUACCGUGUUUGGGGGUGAGAGAUCUUUCAGCGUUGGGUCACCCAAAACUAGACCUAAUUAAGCUACUUCGGCAUUUUUCCAUUAAAAGGCAGGUUUUACUUGAAGUUCUAUGUAUCCUUCUGAGUGCUACCUAAGUAGUAUGUUUGAAUGAGCUUUUUCAGAACUUGGAAAUUAAAUCCUAAAAUGAUGUUGGACGUUGUUCUUCCACACUACAUAAAAUCAGUUUAUUAAGAAUUAUUCUGAUGUAGUCAGAGUAACUAGUAACUGAAGUCCGUCUCCAAAUGCUAUCAGUCUAAGUAUAUUUAUUGCAUAUUUAUAUUAGCUGUAGACCAGUUGGGGAAAGACAAAGACGUGGAAUAGUAAAGAUAUGAGUUUUACACCCCUAUGCGUUGGUUGAUCAUGGUUUGGUCCCCUUCUCCUUGAUGUAUGCCUUAGAAUGUAGCCUGUUUACAGUCCAUAAUAACUGAACGACAUGUAGCCAAGUUCUAACCAAGACCAACAGAUAGAAGGGGUUCCAAUCCGUCAAACUAGCGUCACUGGGGCUUUGGUGUAUAAAUCCAUGAUGUUAUUGGUGUGCACUUUGACAUCAGCUUUCCUCUAUGUCACACUGUUGCGAUUAAUGUGCAGAACCGGCUAUCGCUUGCGUCUCAUGCACAGUGCAUUUGCACAUUGGUGUGGCACAGUGUCCUUGCAGCAUGCUAGUGACAACAAGAAAGCACCUGAAUGUUUUUUGAAGUCAACAGGUAGAAUUUGAUUGUUAGAAUUUAGGCUCCGCCUACUUUUGGCCAUGUACUAUAUUUUCCAGUCUUUCACGCAUUUUAUAAUGAAAAUAAUAAUAAAUGCUCUUGAAUGA